AUGGCUGAUCCAGAAGCAGUGAAUGGCGUAGAAGAUGCGACCGACAAAAAACUAAAGAAAUCCUCUAAACACGAUGGUGGUGCGGCAGAUUUGGAACGAGUGACGGAUUACGCUGAGGAAAAGGAGAUCACAUCGCACAAUUUGUGUUCCAACGCUGCAAACUUGUUUGAAGAUAAACGUAACAAGGAAAAUGAAGAAAAGCUUGCCAUGGAACGGGAACUACAGAAAGUUCACGUCAAAAAGGAGGACAUAGAACUGAUAAUCCGUGAAAUGGAGAUUACCCGAAGCAAAGCGGAGCAAACCCUGCGGGUACAUCGGGGCGAUGUUGUAGCUGCUUUGGAAGCCCUUACGAACUAG